AUGAAUAAAAUAUAAUUCAACUCUUUACAGGUAAAACAAACUAAAUUAGAGUUCACAAUUCCAAAACUACCAUUGAAUUAUAUUGUAAAAUAAGUUCAUCGUUUAAAAUGUGUAAUAUAGAGUAGAAUAGAUGUUGAACUUCUAUUGGAUUAGAUAAAUUUUAUUAUUGAAUUGCUAAUUGCGGGAUAAGUAUAUUUAAUAUAAGAAUUGUAGUUUGGGACUCCUUCAUUGACUUAUUUAAAUGAAUUACGUAACACAUUAAAAUCCACAAUAAAUUCGUUUGACCAAGAUUAAUUGGGUUGUGUUUUAGCAAAUAUGGAGACGUUGAAAAAGUAGACAAGUUUAGAUUAUCUUAAAGGGUUUAAAAAGGGUAGUUCUAGAAAUUUAAAAAUUGCUAAUUAACUUUAGAAGUAUUCAAUAUUUAAUUAUAAUUGUAGAAUCUAGAAAAGAGUACUAUCAGUAAUAAGAAAUGUGUGUGCUCAAUUUGUAUUGUUUUGGCUAGAUGAACAUUAGCCAGAAUAAAGUACAGCUUUACGUAGUAAGCGUGUAUUUGUUGAAACUAAAACGUAAAAUAAAAUAAUCAUUAAUUAAUUAAAAUAGACUUAUACAAAGUAAAUUAAAAGAAUUAGAUUUAUAAAAGCAUAAUAAAAUCGUGUGUCGAAUAUGUGAGUAAUUAAUAGAAGUAGAGAUAAUGGCAGCUCAUUGUAUAACAUGUGAAAGGAAAGCCGAAUAAAGCAAAAAAUUAUUAUAAUUAAAUUUAUAAUUAUCAGAUGCAUCUUAAUUAGCAUAUAAAUUAAAACAUGAUGUUUAAAUUAAGUUGGGUAAAUUGAGUUUAUAAGAGUAAAAGUAAAAUAGAUAGAAAUUGAAGAAAUAAGAGGAAGAAAAAAAACCAUUAAGAUCACUUAGAAGAACACAUACUAUUCAUAUAGAAGAUAAUAAAAUCUAAUAAGAGGAAGAGGAAAAAAAUAAAGCUAAAAAAUAAUUAGCAUUUAUAAACUAAGUAAUGACUACAAUAGUAAAUUAUACUGAAAAGGUUUUAAAUAGUAAUAUUAAUAAUGAAGAUAAUAAAUGUAAUUUUAAUAUCUAUUUAUUUAGUAAAUCGAAUAACAUUUGAUGAGUUAACUGAAGCUAAAUUCAAUUUAGAAAAUGAUUAAAAUAAUGAGUAAGUACUUGAAAUAAUAGAUAAAGCUAGAUCUUGUAUAUAUGAUAGAAUGGAAUACUUUAAAAUUAUUUAAAAUUUAGAAUCAUAAUAAAUUUAAGAAAGUCAAAAGUUAAACUAAAAUAUUGAAAUUGAUUUAAAAUAAAAAUACAAGAAUUCUAAUUCAAGUUCAUUUAGAGUAUCUAAAUUUACAAAUAUUACCACUGCAACCUAAUAAAAGCUUAAAAGAAAUGAUACAAUCUAUGAAGAAGAUGAUGAUUUUGUAUGUUAAACUCCAAAGAAUUUAAGUAGCAAUAAUAAAAAGAAGAAUGUUAUGAUUAUGUCAUUAAUUAAGUAAAUAACAAUAAUGAUUAUUAGUAAAGAUAAAUUUAAUACAAAUAAUGUUGGAAGUGUAAAUGAUAUUAAUAGAAGAGAUAGUUUAACAACUAUGUCAAUGUCUAGAUCUCAAGUACUCGGAAGUAAUUAAAUCAAAAGGACUUUUUUAUCUAAAAACAAUUCCGAUGAGCAACCUUAAUAACAAUCUAAUCCAGGUUCUAAAAUAUUAGAUAAAAUUGUAAAUCUAUCAAAUUCUUCUGAUACAUUAAUUAGUCCAAAAUCUAAUAAACCUUCAAUAUUUCGAAGAGCUUAAUCUCCUACUGCUGUUGAUUCUGUUAUUGAAUCUUCUAAUUAAUCUCCUACUGGAAGAAUGGGAUCAUCUGAUUUUUAAGAUGAAACCCCUAGAAAUUAGAAGAUCUGUUCUUUUGCAGAUUUUGCUCAAUGUGAUUCUGAUUAAGAAAUUCCAAUGAAAAAAUAGUUGGUUCCAUCAAUUGGAUUAGGUAGAUAAGUAGAUUCAAUUGAAGAUAUUUAAAAAGACAAAGAAAUAAAUGCAAUAAAUUCAUUUGAAAAUAUUAAUUAAUGUGAAUCUGAUCAAGAAAUUAAUUAAAUCUAAAAUUCUAAUCCUAACUCCAAUCAAGAAAUGAAAAAGUCUACAUAAAACAGUAUGAAGAAUAGUGAUAAAAAUAUGAUGAUGAAAGGCAGUAGAAAAUUACCAAUACAGAUAAAUUAAUAAGAUUAACAAAAACCUUUACAUAUUGAACUAGGAGCAAGAAUAGAAUCAGAAUUAAUAAUUGAAGAAUCUCCAAAUUCUAUUUAAGGAUAAAAAAUAGAUCCAUAAGAUUUGAGUCCAAAUCAUUCUUCUUCUAGUGCAAAAUAAGCUAUUUUUAAAUAGGAUGAAAUUGAUUAAGAUAUAGAUUUUGAUAAUUCUUUGAGUAGACCUAAAAAAAGCUUAUUUUAUCCUUAAAAUUCAAUCAAUAAUAAUAUGAAAUAAAGUAUGGCAGUUGCUCCAUAAAAAUCUAAAUAAUCAUAUGAUUUUGAAGUAAUAACAGUUGAUAGAGGUUAUAAUUCAGAUUCUGAACUAGUGAGUAUAAAUGCUGAAAAAACUAAUUAAUCUUCUGAGAUUGGUUUGAAAGAUUUUGAAUUUAUCAAACCUCUAGGACAAGGAGCAUUUGGAUGGGUAUUUUUAGUGAAAAAGAAAACUUCUGGGGAUUUAUAUGCUAUGAAAAUAAUUGAUUGUUCUUAAAAAGUAAAUUUUAAAUGCAUUAUUUAAAGUAAUUGGAAACUUAGUUGGAUACUUUAAAAGCAGAAAGAAACAUAUUUGAAAUUUUAUCUGGAGACUUUGUAGUUAAAGCAUACUAUUCAUUCAGUCAUGAAUAAAAUUUAUGCUUUGUCUAAGAAUAUAUGGUUGGAGGAGAUUUCUCACAUAUUCUAAAAAUGUAUACGGUAUAAAAUAUUAUUAUAUUAAGGCUCUAGAUGAGGAAUACGUCAGACAUUAUAUAGCUGAAGUCGUAUUGGCUUUAGAAUAUUUGAGAUCUAAAAAGAUUGUCCAUAGAGAUUUAAAACCAGAUAAUAUUCUAUUAGAUAAAUAAGGUCAUGCUAAAUUGGCUGAUUUUGGAUUAUCAGAGGUUGGCUUUAAUAAUAGAUUAAAAUUAAAAUUAAGAUAAUAGGACAUUGAAGCGUAAGAUAAUAUCUAUAUAUUAAGAAACACUAUUCCUGAAUUUGCUGAUCAUAAUGAUCCAUAAUAUGAUACUAUUUUUGAUUUAAAAUUACCUUAAGCUUAACAAAACAUUAGAGCAAGCAUUCAAAAUUAUAGUAGUAAAAAUAAAAGAAUUGUUGGAACUCCAGAUUAUAUUGCUCCAGAAGUCUUAAAAGGAGAAUCUUUAACAAAUAGUAGUUUAGAUUAUUGGAGUUUGGGAGUCAUAAUGUAUGAAAUGCUUUGUGGAAUUCCACCAUUCAAUGAUGAUUCUGUUGAGAAGAUUUUUGAUAAUAUUUUGAAUUAUAGAAUUGAAUGGCCAAAUGUAAGUGAUGUUGAAGAAGAAAGCAUAUCCCAUAAUGCUUAUGAUUUAAUGUGUAGAUUAUUGGAACCAGAUUAUACUAAAAGAAUUGGACAUUAAGACAUUAAUGAAAUAAAAAAUCAUCCAUACUUUGAAGGUAUUAAUUGGAAUAAGAUACUUUCUAUGCCUGGUUUAAUUGUACCUAAGAUGGUCUUAAAGGAAACAGAAGCUGAUGGCAAAAAUUGUGAAAAAGUCUAAUAGUUCUUAAAUAAUUUAGAAAAGAAGGAAGUUAAAAAUUAAACUUUAGCAUAAAAGUUAAAAAGUUAACUAUCCAACUUAGAAAGAUUAGAUUUAUUAGUUAAAUUAAGUUUAGAAGAAGCAAAUGAUAAACUGUAAUAAUUAGUAUUUAUUAAUAGUUCUAAAAUAAGGACAGAAGAAAACAAAUUAAAAAGAACCUUAAACAAAAUUGAUCAUUAUGAAUAAGAACAUUAAGUUUAAAUGUUACUUUUGUAUGAAGAUGUUUUCUGA